GUGUAAGAGAGAGAUAGAGCUUCAAGAAUAAGGUUAAAAGUGUCCUUGAAGUGAGGAGAAAAAAGCCAAAAAAGGGACAGGACCAUAAAAAUUGGACUACGUGCCACCGUGACAGUGCUCCAAAUGGUUCCUUAAACAUUUGAGAAUUCUCUAGACUAGAUAUAGUAGGAGUAGAUUCUCCUUUGAUUAAAAAUCUCCUCAGCUUCUGCAAAAGAGACCUUCCCCAGUGGGAAACCUGCAAAAGAGAGAGAAGAAGAUAAGUACUCGUAGAAAUUUGUGGGUUUUGUAGAUAAGUGCUGGUUAUUGGAAAUAGGGAUUUUCCUCAUAGUUCUUGAGAGAGAGAGAGAGAGAGGAUGUUGGAAGGGAAAGCAUUAAUAGAGGACUCGGUUAUUGGAAAUAGGGAUUUUCCUCAUAGUUCUUGAGAGAGAGAGAGAGAGAGGAUGUUGGAAGGGAAAGCAUUAAUAGAGGACUCGGACAUGCCAAAGAAGAUGCAGAUUCAAGCCAUGUCUGCUGCUUCGCAAGCUUUGGAUGUCUAUGAUGUUUUGGACUACAAAUCCAUUGCUUCCCACAUCAAGAAGGAGUUCGACAAGAGAUAUGGGAAUGGAUGGCAAUGUGUGGUUGGAUCCAAUUUCGGAUGUUUCUUCACUCAUACUAAAGGGACUUUCAUCUACUUCACAUUGGAGACUCUCAAUUUCCUCAUCUUCAAAGGGGCUUCUUCCCCAUGAACCAUGUGUUUGGCUGUAGAGAAAGUCCGAGAAACGGAAGCCAGAAAAAGAGAGAGAUCGAGCCCGGAUCGAAUGUGUGGUUUUCCUCUUCUCUUGUUUCUUCUUUUAGCUGUUUGUGAACUAUGGUCGGUAGAAAUGGAGAAGGGCUAGUUUUAGAUUCUCCUCUCCUUCAGGUAAGAACCUUGUAAUGGUUUUUAGUACUAGUUAGUGUGUUGCAAUGCCUCAUUUGUACAUGUUUGUUGGACUAUUUUGCCCAGUCUAAUGUCCUCUACACAUUCCUCUGA